AUGUCAGCGGACAAUGUUCUUUUAGAACGUAUAUAUAACCUUAUUAUUGCUGAAUUGGGUGUGAAAAAAGAGGAUCUUCAAUUAAGUUCAAGAUUUGUUGAAGAUUUGGGAGCUGAUUCAUUGGAUGCUGUUGAAUUGUCUAUGAGAAUUGAAGAAGAGUUUGAGUAAGUCCCAAUGGUAUAAUCAAGUUGAAAUAAAUAUUUUCAGAAUUGAGAUUCCUGAUGAAGAUGCAGAACAAAUAAAAACUGUUCAAGAUAUCUACAAUUACGUUUCAACCCAUCGAAAAUAA